GAGUUUGAGUUGUUCGGUCGUCGUCGUCGUUGCUUUCGUCAAACAUCUCACGCUUCACGCAGAAAACAGCUUUUAAUUUCGUUUCGAAAUUUUUGCAAAGAACUGAACUGGUUCGUGCAUCAGCUCUCUCUUUCUUUGUUUACAUUUUUUGUUUCGGAUUCUAUCGUUCAUUAUAAAGUAUCUAUAAGAUAGGAAUAAUUAUUAUCAAAAGUAAACAAAGAAUUGCGAAUACGAUCCUCGUUUUAUUGUUGUUGUUGUUUGUAUUUGAUAUAAAAGCUCAUUCCAUAGAAACUUGUUCUAAAACAAGAUAAUAAAAUAGUUUGUUGUCAUUUGUUUAAAGUUCUUUUUAUUUUGUUGAAAUUAUUUUUCGUGAGAUAUUACCAACAGUGUAUCUUUAAGAUCCACCGACGAGUGACGAUACGGGACGCAACAACGUGUUGUUAUGUGACUUAAAUAUCUACAUGUGUGUCCAUCGAACCUAAUUAAAAUGCAAUAAAAGUUCAAUUGUUUUUAUUUUGGUUUAUUUGUUGGCCAAUAAAGUUUCCAUCGGUGAAAUAGCGACAUUUUAUUGAACCACUAUUUGGAUUUUUAUAAACUUUUUAUUUGUUUGAAUCUGCUGCGGGUGCCUAUUAUCGAUAGUUUAAAAAAGAAUGUGAUAGAACGAGAUGAACAUAUGAACCAAUUAUCAUUUUUGAUAGCGCCUAUAAAGAAUUUUGCUAAGUUCAUCAUCGUAAAAUGUGAUAACAAAUAAACAAUAUAAAAAGCACCCACGCCAAAAACAAGACUAAAGUUUAACAACAAAAAUCUAAAUAAACAAAGCACUUUUUUUACAAAAACAAAAACAAAGAGGAACAACAACAAAAUAAAAUAUUAAAUAAUACAAAAGAAAAAAAGAAUCAAAACAAAAAUGAUAGCAAACGAUAAAACAAUCACUCAACAACAAAACGCUGACACAUCAUUGGAUCCAAAGUACAACAGCAACAAUUGUAGCAGCAACAACUUUUCAUCUUUUAAUACGCAACAUGAUGACGAUGAUGGCGGAGUUGAAGAAGCCGAAGAAAACAGCGAUAUUCAAAUGAAACUCAAAGAUAUCAACUGUGAUACGGAGGAAGACGGUGAUGAGGAAGAAGAAUUGGAAGGGGACAAUGGAGUUAGCGAAGAUGAUGCAUCACAAAAUGAUUGGGUCAUAGAUCAUGCCAAAAAUGCCAGUAAUUCCAAUGAUGCUGCAAGUGCAGCAGCUAUGUACCUGAACGACCUGGUGCUAGAUCGUGACGAAGAGGAGGAGACAAUAAACGAGCUGGUUAAUGUGUCCGAAGUUGAUGGUCAACUAAUGGAAAGCUCCCAACAAAACCGUAUGCGUGUAGCAUUUGGUAUUAUUCUUCGGUUGGUGCUUCCAUUGGCAAAUGGUGUUGCUCGUAGUUUGAAAGGCAUUCGUGAUGUACGUUUUUUACAUGCACUUCGCAAUUUAGCAACCAGCCGUCAAGGCCUCACCAAUGCACUAGCCUAUGCAGCCAAUACAAUUUCCAUGAGCUUAUCUUCCGUUCAAGUCUCCCACCGAAUUGAUCCAUUAUUGAAAAUGAUGAAACUCAAACGCUGUGAUGGUAUGAUUGAAAGCAUUCCAGACUGUAGCAGACCCACACCCCCUUCAUCACCUCUGAUGCAUGAACCUAAAUCCAAGACAGCUGAUGAUCUUCAUGAAAACACAAAAGCGAAAAAAUGUUGCACGAUCAAAAUUCUAACCGAACCUCCUCCGGGUACUCCGAUACGUGCUGAUAUAGUGUUGAUUCAUGGAUUACAUGGUUCCUUGGCAAACACCUGGAAACAAGGUCUCUGGAAUAAUGAUCGGAAGCCAGAACAUUUCAAAAGACCGCCAAAGCCUGAAGUAAGGCCACCUAAACGCCCAAGACAUUCCCGAUCGAAUAUCAUGAUACCAACGCACAAAGAGAAGAGAAGACGUUAUUCCGAUGAGGAGCAUUUUGCGUCUAGCUACCAUGAUAUCGAAGCUGAUGAUGAUGGAUGCAGCGAACAGGAAAAUAAUGGUUUCACCUAUGAAUGUGGCACACCUGAGGAGGUCCUAUUUUGUGAUGGAGUCGAAUACAGUUUCCCUUCAUUCCGCCUUCGCUUGAAUAACGAUAGUAAAAUUGUAGAACCUGAUUACGAGUCCACAAGCAAAAGUAACAUCAAAAAAGCUUCUAUCCAUGAUCCGAACUAUUCGAAAUGUUGGCCUCGAGAUUGGCUACCUUUGGACUGUCCUGGAGUUAGAGUUAUAGCAAUCAACUAUACGACAGAUCAAUAUCUCUGGAGACCUGUGUGGAAGACAAAAGAAGCCCGAUCGGGUUUAGUUGAGCGAUCUAGAGAAAUGACUGAGUUAUUGGUAAAAAAUAAAGUUGGCUAUGGUCAUCCCAUUAUUUGGGUUGGACACUCGAAGGGGGGCAUUUUUGUAAAGCAAAUUCUUGCUGAUGCCUGGGAAAGUGGACGACCAACAGCAGCUCCACUCUGGAGAUCUGCAAGAGGUGUGUUCUUCUAUUCAGUUCCACAUCGGGGAUCACAUUUGGCAUCGAUAAAUGCACCACUUUUGAGAAGAUCAGUCGAGUUGAUUGAUAUUGAGAAAAAUAACAAAUACCUUUUGGAUCUUCAUAGAAGAUUUGUUGGACUUUAUCAAACGGGGCAUUUGAAAAUUGAAGUUUUCAGUUUUGUGGAAACAGCGUUAACACUUAUGUCGGUGCUUUACUUGAGAAUUAUUGGUGUCGAUUCAGCAGAUCCAGGUAUUGGAGAAGUUUGCGGUUUACACUUAGAUCAUCGACAAAUUUGUAAGCCAAGAAGUCGAGAAUGUAUUUUAUAUAAGGAACUUGUUAAGAUGAUCAACAAAGUUUGUUAGCAUUCUUCAAUAAGAACUAGCCAUUAGUUUUAUUAUUAUUAUUGUUUUUUUUUUUUAAAUUUGUAUAUAAAACUUUACCUAAAUAAUUUGCUGUAUAUAGUCUAAGAUUUUAUAAGAACAACAACAAACAAAAACCAAAUUACAAUUUUUGAGAAAACAAACUAAAAACAAAAAAUACAAAUAUCAUUCUUCCGUAAUUUUUCACAUAAUUAUUUAUUAAGUAUAUUUGAGUAGAUUUUAUUAUUAUUACCGUACGUGUAAAUGUUCAGCUCUUGUUCAUUGGAAAAGAUUUUAUCGUAUGAAUUUGUAAGAAUAAUCAACACUAUUAGUAAAACCCAGUUUAAAAAAUGUUAACAAGCCUUUUUGAUGGCUAAAAAUGGAUAUAAUCGUUGGUAAAUCUUUGACAUAAAACUAAAGAAAAGUAACUUGAGAAAUAUUGAUGAGUAAUAAUUAGAAAAAUACUCUGAAUCGGGAAGGUUUUUGAAAACCAAUACGAUACGAUAUUUGUUUGUUUGGUAUUUUAACAAGGCUUUUCAUGGAAAAAGAAUGCAUAGAAAUAAAUGUAAUAUUUGUAUUCAUCAAAAUAUGACGAAUUUAUUGCUAUAACAAUUUUAACCACUGUUUUAUACUUUUUUGUUUUUAUUUUAUAAAAGCUGUGAAUUAAAUAAUUGGAAUGUGAUUUUUUCUUAAAAAGAAAACCAAAAAGUACUACUUUAUUGUAUCAUGCAUAAAUAUUUUGUGAGUAAAAGAAGAAAAAUAAGGAAAUAAAUGAGAUUUGAUAAAAUAAGAGAGAGAAAAAUAAAGUAUAGAAGAUUACCAAUAACAUUUUUUUUUGUUCAGAUAUUAUUAGUUUUGUAAGUUUCAAAAACAUUGUAUACAACAAUGGAUAAUUGUCUUUUGGAUAUAUCAUAAAAUGUGUAUUCAUUAAUUCCUUUUAUCAUUAUAACAAUGCAUAUAUACAUAAUUAUUAUUUGAGGUUGCUUAAUAUAAUUAAUAUUAAUGACAAUCUUAAUUGAAAAUUAAAGCUCAGAUGAUAUAAAUGGAAA